CUGAUUGUGGGCUGGAAAGGCGGAUGGAGACCGAGAUGGGAUGCCCACACAAAACUGACCAUAAUUGAGAUGCCAAAUGGAUUCACGUGUGUGCCGAAAUUUCCUCCAACCCCAAUCGAAUCCAUCUGCGUGAGCAAUUCAGUUCUUGGAAUCCUUCGCUUAUUCAAACAUUUCCGGAUAGCAGAGGCGUACUACUUCCGCAAUAGAAUCACGUAGGCGUCCAGGACCAAUUAUUGUCCUCUGCCUCCGAAAUUCCGUAUGCAGGAGGACGGGGCGCGAAUUGAAAUCAAAUUUGAUGUGAAAGCAACCGAGGGAUAUCGGCGGGAAUCAUUACUGAUUGGUUUUUGGCCAACUGCUUCUGAUUUCGAAUAUGUUUCUUCACGCCCUGAUUCACAUUGAGUUUUAAUAGCAAGCAAUUAAAACUGUGGUUCAAUAAAUCUAAAUAAAUUUCGCCAGAAAUUUCGCUAUUUUGGCAUAAAUAACAAUAGUUUGAGACUUGCGGGUGUCAGUUGAAUAGAGUUUCUAGACCGGCGAACACGUCAAAUAUCGAUAAAGUUAACCGGCAUUCAAAUCAAGUGUGAACCAAUCGCAAACAAGAUAAUCAUCACCGCCAUGGACCGAUUCGUUUGGUUUGUCCUCCUGGUGGUCAUGUCGCACCUGGUCACCGAGUUCACCCGCGUAUCCGGAUACGCGAGAGGCCAGCGUCACGAGCUGGUGCUGCUGAACGAUACGAUGCUGCAGCCGAUGCCCGUCCAGAACAUGGUCCUCUAUCCCAGCCAGGACUAUGGCCAGUACCAGCAGCAUCCCUCCUCCUCCCCCGCAGGCUCCUUGGGCAGCCUGCAGCAGAAUGCAGCCAUGCUGUUCAGCAGCUUGGCCGCCGGAGUGAGUCCGGGAAAUGGAGCAACUGCAGCGGGAUCUGCUGUCCCCGGCAGCAAUGCGGCCAUUUUGGCCCUGGGCGAUAGUCAACCUGCUCACACGGCCGAGAACACAUACCCGAUGUUCAGUUUACGACCCCUGAUCGACAGCAUUUUCGAGAUUCCAAUUUCGACGCUGCGCGCUGUCAACAAUCUGGUGGGUCGCCUGACCGGAGGAUAUCGCCAGGCCCCAACGGAAAAGUCACAGAAAUCGGUGGCAGCUGGAACCGCUUUGCCAUCCAGUAGACAAAAUCCAACUCUAAAUGCACAUCCCAGUUCCCAUCAAAUGCGCGAAGAGAUGGCGUAAUUUUAUGCCCCAUUUUAGUCAGUACUUAUGUGUGAAUGUUGUAAUUCCUGUAAUAUUAUGUUUAGAGUGAGUUUUUAGUGUGCAUUUUUUACCCUUGUGAUAUAUGUGACCUUGUUGUAAGUCUAGCUUAAGGAUAUUUAUGUCCAUCCAGAAGAAAAUCCCAAAAAAAUAAGAUUACACAAUAAAUGUACUUCCUACAAAG